AUGUCAUAUUGUCACAGUAAACGCGAAUACCUGCUGUCGCAAAUCCGGCAAAAGGACGCUAUCAUUGAGUCUCUGCUGAAACAGCUCCACAAUCCAUACCUAGCUACUCCGUUGUCCAUUGCUGCAUACCGCAUGUCCACCGCACCUCCCGAUCAACAGAAUCAGAAUGUCAAGCAAUGGCUCGAGCGUCUGCAGUCCAGCAUCCGCACUCACAACGGGCCCAACACGCUGAAAGGUGCCGCGUCGCGCAGUCGCGAGAUGGUGGAAGACGCUUCGGACGAGUCAGAUAACGAGGAUCAGGCGGCCGGGGAUGAUGCAGAGUGGGAGGACCUGGACGAUUGUCUGGUGACUUCGGACUCCAAGCUCAUACCGGACGCUGCCGUGCCCCUGGGCUUGUUCGCGGAUCUGUCGCUCGACCAAGCGAGAUCGACGAAGGCGAAGAGCGAUGCUGGCGCGGAUGAGAACAAGGAUGGCGAAGAUGAUGAUGUGGGUGUAGCCAACGAGACCUACUUUUUACCGGGUCCGGCGACAGACCUCCGCAUGCGGGCGAAGCUUAUCGAAAGUUACAGUCCUCCCGAAAUCCUGUUGCAUGGGCUUGUCACCCCCGAUGAUGUGGACAAGCUCUUUGACAUCUUCUUCAAGCGUGUCAACAUAUGGUUGCCUCUGCUCGAUCCAGUGUUGCACACCCCGUCCACGGUCUUCGCUCGAUGUCCUUUCCUCUUCACGUGCAUAUGUGCCAUUUCCUCGCGCUAUAGCCCCGAAAAAUCCGAGAUAUAUUCGAUCGCUAUGCAUUUCGCCAAGAGCGAGGCAUCCAACGCGUUGAUCCACGGAUGGAAGACAGUUGAGCUAUGCCAAGCGUAUCUGCUGAUGUCCAUGUAUGGUGUGCCUGCGAAGCGCUGGGAGGAGGACCGCAGUUGGCUAUAUACUGGCCUCGCAAUCAGGAUUGCCAUGGACUUGAACCUUCAUGUUCCACCGCAGACCAAGCCGCAGAAUGAGCGUCAGGAGCGGGAGGUCCUCAACAGGACUCGUGCCUGGAUGCUAUGCUUCAAUCAGGAUCGAUCAACGGCGACCCAAUUCGGUAAACCCUGGACGAUCAAGGAAGACUAUAUCAUCCGCAAUGCUGGAGACUUCUACAAGACCUCGCGCUUCAACAGCCCGUAUGACAUCCAUAUGUGUGGCUAUAAUCAACUGCUCCGUCUACUUGGUCGGGUACACAGCGAUAUCUAUUCCGAUCCGUCGUCGCCCUUAGGUAUCAAUCAGCACGCCGACCUCCGCCCUUUGAUCAUGAACCAUGAUCAUAGCCUCAACCAGUACUACGAAGAAUGGCAAAUGCGAUUCGAUCAGGACUCAGAUCCGAACGACCCGGUCUGCGUUGUCCGAGCAGCAUUGCUCCCUUACGUCAUCAACUACUCGAGACUAGUCAUGUGGUCCUUCCCGUUCCAGCAGGCGUUCCAGCGUGGCAUUUCCGCUGACGACCAACUUGUGUUCACUACGUGCAUGAACGCUGCGAAAUCCCUCAUCCGAGUCAUGAUCGAACGAUUGGUACCGACCGGUUUGAUGCGGUACAGCCCGGAUGGCUGGUUCUUAUUCUCUUCAUUUGCAUCAGCUUUCUUGCUCAAACUCCUGCGUCCCGAGUUUGCCAUCCUACGAACCCCUCAGGACGAGCAUGAGAUUCUGGAGGUCAUUUCUCGUCUGAUUCAGAUUCUGAGCUCGCCCGAAAUCGCGCUCGACGAUCGCCAUGCCCCCAAGCUUUACGCUCGCUUCCUCGCCGGUUUGUUGACGAAGCACCGUCAAGAUGGCAUGGUACCGCAAGAUCGACAGACUCCACAGCCACCUCACCACCAGGUGCAGUACGGCACUGGCAAUCCAGGCGGACACCAGAUGCAACCAUCGGCGUCCAACCAGAUCUACUCCCUGUCGCAACAGCAAGGGGCGUACGGCGGCGGUCAAGAUUACGGCGCUCAGCAGAUGUCGUUGCAUAGCUCUUUGCCGCCCGUCAUGCUGGCGCCGCCCGAGGACGACGCGCUGUUGAGUGCUGUUUCAUCUAAUCCGGGUUCUGGCUUUGGCGGAAGUAUGGACGGAACGCUGUACCCUCCGAGCGCACAGCCGUCUCCCGGUUCCCCGGAAAUGACUCUCGCCUCCAUGCAGGCGAUCAAGAACCCGGCAUGGUGGGAAAGUAUGAUGAUGCCAGGGUAA